GCUUGGAAACAUAGCUCAACUGGGCCGUGUUCUUUCACAGAAUACAAUGAAACGUGACUCUGCAAUUAGCCAUGUUUUUGACCUCGGCGAUUAUGCGUCUUUCUCGGCGUUGCUUGUGAUAAACACAUUCGCUCAGCCUCGUUGUUGGCAAAUAAAAGAUAUAUAAGGCUCCAAGAAAGGCCAGUUCUCCUGUUCGACAUUGUACUUACUUUCCACGCAGUGAAAUUGUUACGUGUCUCAACUGUAGUACAGGUCAUUUGUGGCGUGUCUAUACUCUGAGGAAGGACCAUACAUCUGCGCUUUGAAUCCUUGAUAGCGUCAUUUCGAUCCACCGUCUGCCAGCAACGCAGCCUUAUUAUCAAUACUAUCAACAACUUAACCGCUGUUGUUUCCUUUCUCCUCAAAAACUUCUACACGAAUACUCAUAUCUUGAUAUUUCUAUCGACCACAACGCAACAAUGGCUGCUCCCGCUGAAAAGACCAUCUCUGACCUCAGUGGUAAAUGGCUUCUCAACAAGACUCUGUCUGAUAGCUCUGAGCCUAUCCUCAGCUUACAAGGCAUCGGAUACCUCACCCGCAAGGGAAUUGGCAUGGCAACCAUUACCGUCGACAUCAACCAGUAUAACGCCCCUCCCAAGCCUCCCAACACCUCCACCGACGUUUUCACCCACAUCGACAUCACCCAAUCUGCCUCUGGCUUGACAAGCACCCAGGAGAACCGAUGCCUCGAUUUCAACAACCGUGAGCAUUCGGACUGGCUCUUCGGCACCGUCAGGGGUCGAUCCAGGUUCGUCACUCUCGAUGAGAUUGAGGAAGACUUCCUCAAGACUGGCUGGCUUGUUGAGGGCGAUGGCAAGUUCAUCCAGAGCAUCGCUGAGAGCGUCGACAACGGCUGGGUCGCUAAUCAGAUCUGGGGCUUUGAGGAGAUCAACGGCGAGAGGAGAUAUGUGAGGCAUAUCCUGGUGACCAAGGGUGACAAGAAGGUCACUGCCAAGCUCAUCUACGACUACCAGGCUUAAAGAUAGGAUUGCUCCAGAACACUACUUGACCUAGUAUAGACGACUGACGAUAAUAAUUCUUGAUUAUCGCUCAAUGACUCAUGCAACAGUUGCUCAUGAGACAAAUAUGAUUUCAUUGACCGAUAUGGAGUCAUCCUAGACUGAAUUUCAAUGCACCAAUUGCACCACACA